GUGCCCGCGAACCACAUCACAGCACACCACACCAACCGCGCGCCACUGAUUCAUCAACUCCGCUCCACUAGCUAGGUACCUUCCGACCGAGCAGCCAGAGAGAUGGAGAGGAUGGUGAUGAGGCUGAUGAGGAACAAGAACCAGUCCCUCCGCCAGCUGCAAGGGGCCGCCGCCGGCGGGCUAGCGUCGUCGUCCUCCGCCCCCUCGACUGCCGGCGCCGCCGCGUCUCCCUUCUCCACCCUGCAGCAGCAGGAGGACCAUCCCGCUCCCGGGGUGCUCAACAUCCGGGACACCGCCGCCCACCUCAUCGGGCGGACGCCGCUGGUGUACCUCAACAGGGUGACGGAGGGGUGCGGCGCCCGCGUCGCCGCCAAGCUCGAGUUCCUGCAGCCUUCCUUCAGCGUUAAGGACAGGCCAGCAAUCUCCAUGAUCGAAGAUGCGGAGAAGAAGGGGCUGAUAACCCCAGGCAAGACGACGCUGAUCGAGCCUACAUCCGGGAACAUGGGCAUCGGCCUGGCGUUCAUGGCUGCACUCAAAGGGUACGAGCUCGUGCUGACGAUGCCAUCAUACACCAGCCUCGAGAGGAGGGUGGUCAUGAAGGCCUUCGGUGCGCAGCUCGUACUCACUGACCCGGCGAAGGGGAUGGGAGGCACCGUCAGGAAGGCAACCCAGCUCUAUGAGAACCAUCCCAGCGCCUUCAUGCUCCAGCAGUUCGAGAAUCCCGCCAACGUCCAGGUGCACUACGAGACCACCGGUCCGGAGAUAUGGGAGGACACGCUCGGGCAGGUCGACAUCUUCGUCAUGGGAAUCGGCAGCGGCGGCACCGUCACCGGCGUCGGCAAGUACCUCAAGGAGAAGAACCCCAACGCAAAGAUCUAUGGGGUUGAACCUGCCGAGGCAAAUGUACUGAAUGGUGGCAAGCCAGGGCCUCACCUCAUCACUGGAAAUGGAGUUGGAUUUAAGCCAGAUAUUUUGGACAUGGAUAUCAUGGAGAAGGUUCUGGAGGUGAAAGGCGAGGACGCCGUUAAGAUGGCGAAGCAGUUGGCACUGCAGGAGGGCCUGCUGGUGGGGAUAUCAUCAGGAGCCAACACAGUGGCAGCGAUCGAACUCGCAAAGAGGCCAGAAAACAAGGGGAAGCUCAUCGUGACUGUUCAUCCGAGCGCAGGAGAGCGAUACUUAUCGUCGGCGCUAUUCGAGGGUCUGAGGAAGGAGGCUGAGGCAAUGCAGCCAGUGCCAGUGGACUAACUUGGAGCUAUACAGCGCAUGUAGAAUAAAUUCACUGCAACCAUGUUGCAAGUGCUAAUCAUACCUCAUUGCGAUUCUUCAGUUUGUUCAUCAUGUGUACCUCUGUAAACAAUGGUUGAAAUGGUUGAAAAAAGGAAUUAUCUCUCUGGAGAUCUAUGAUGUA